AUGCUGAGAACUGGACUGUGGAGUUGUGGAGUUCGUUUCACGUGUGGUAAUUACAGAGUUAGAAUUGCAAGUUGGAGAACAAUGGCUUCAGUGACAAGAUCCGAAGAGCUUGUUUCGAACUACAAAGCGGUUGUUGCUCGAAUUGAGCAGGAGGCUGCGAAACACGGGGUGCCAGUGCCCCGGCUGGUAGCGGUGUCGAAAUAUAAGCCUGCUGAGGAUAUCCAGGUUUUAUAUGACGCUGGUCAUAGACAUUUUGGCGAGAAUUAUGUCCAGGAACUGACAGACAAGGUCGAGGCACUACCAAAAGAUAUCCAAUGGCAUUUCAUUGGCUCGUUGCAGACCAACAAAUGUAAAGUGUUAGGACCAAUUGCCAAUCUGAAUGCCAUUGAGACCCUGGACAGUGUUUCUAAAGCCAAUAAACUGAAUAACGCACGAUCAAGUCUUGAAUCUGCCAAUCCGAUUAAUGUAUUCCUACAAAUCAAUACCAGUGGAGAAGAACAGAAAAGCGGACUGCUCGAUCCUCAAGAGAUCAUUGCUUUAGCACAACACAUCAUCAAAGAAUGUCCACAUCUCAAACUACAGGGUCUAAUGACCAUUGGCUCACUUGCCAGUUCCACCAGCGGCGAACCCAACCAGGAUUUCCAAAAACUCGUCGAUAUUCGAACCCAAGUUCAGUCUGCCAUCGGCACGAGUAGUCCUCUCGAACUGAGCAUGGGCAUGAGCAACGACUUCGUCGAAGCCAUUUCCCAGGGCUCAACCAACGUCCGGGUCGGCAGCUCGAUCUUCGGAAGCCGAAAAACCAAAGACGAGAUCAAACAGUCCUCGUGA